GCUUUUAUUCACUCAAUUCUAUUCAUUCUAUUGCAAUUUCAAGUUUAUAGGUUUAGGGGAAACCAAUUCAAAACAACCAAAAAACAACAAUAAGCUCAACAAUUACUUCAUUUGACGCUGUUUGACGCGCGAAAAACGCAGUAACAUGAGUGUCAAAACAGCAUCCGCACCUAAAGAGGUUCAAGAAUUUCAAUUUAAAAAAUCGAGUAAACAUCAAAUAUCGGAAAAACUUGCACUUCCCGUGAGUUGUAGUCUCGUAGCUGCAGAUGGAAAACGAGGUUUACUCUACAUUGGUCAUGAGAAAGUAAUAAGUGUUUUAAAACUUGGCAAUGAGGGAAAUAUCGAAUGGCGAACGGAUAUUAAUUUACCGGAUAAUAUUACAAGAGUAGCUCUCAAUUGUGACUCGACACUUUUAGCUGUUACUCUAUUUGGACCUUCUGUUUUUAUAUACUCGGCUCCACUUUUGUCGAAAAAUGUCUUGGAUUUACUGCACGAAAUACGCCUCUCGAGUUCAAGUGGCGAUAUUUCCGUUUGUGAUUUACGAUGGAACCCGGCAAUUCCAGGAAUGCUUUGUACAGUUACAAGUGAUCAUACAAUCGGAAGCUUUCAAGUGAGUGGUGAUAAAAAGUCAGGUUUCGCAAUAACCGGAUCGGGACGAAUCGAAGGAGUAGAUGCACUUUGUGCAGCAUGGAGUCCAAAAGGAAAGCAAGUGGUUGUCGGCUGUCGAAAUGGAAAUAUUAUCCAACUAAAACCAGAAUUAAAAGUUGCGAGGACAAUUCCCGGUCCCAAUCCAAAUAUGGGUAGUGUAAUAGCAAUUUUGUGGGUUAGUAAUUUUCAAUUUUGUGCUGCCUAUCAGGAACCAACGGAGGGACGAGUAAAUGUCAUGAUUGUCGAUGCACCCAAGGGCGAAACACUGGCAAAAUUCACAAACUACGAAGACAUUACUUACGGUGGAAUUCCCACAAGUCAAUAUUAUUUCGAUUACAUUCCUGAAUGGGGAGUUAUCAUUGCAGCGAGUAGUUCGAGUAGUGAAGUCGCUGUUUUAGGAACUGCCGACAAUGGAAUUUCAUGGGAACAAUGGCAACUCAUUGACAAUAGUAGAGCUGAACUUCCUCUAGUGCGAACUGAUGAGUCCUUUCCCAUUGGAUUAGCCAUCGAUAGGUCACCCACUACACCACUUGCUCUGAAUCCGGAAAAUAUUCUACCAAAUCCAGUGCCGAUUCUUCAUAUUCUCGCCACUUCGGGACAAUUUUGCAGUUUUCAUAUUGUCAAUCUGAAGGCAGAUUGUCCUGCGAUUUGUGUUCCACCAGCGGAAAUUGUCGUUCCAUCACUAGCACCAGUUGGAUUGCCCGUACCGCGACCAAGUAUUCCCUCGUCUGAAAUUUCAUUCAAUCUUACCACCGGAGCAACAAGUACGCCACGUGCAAAAAUUGAUUCACCGAAAGAAAAACCGAAGAACCUUAUGGCUACCAACUUUUUUGCUGACAGUGCAAAAGUUUCAACAGGUGCGCCAAGUUUCUCUCUCAAGUUCGAACCAGAAAAACCUCAGAUAGUAAAUCUACCGCCUACGAAUUUACCACCACCUAUGAAUUUACCUAUUGCGAAUUUACCACAAUCUAUAACUCUCUCUCCGACCAAUUUACCACCACCUUUAAGUUUACCUCCCACGAAUUUACCACCACCUGUAAAUCUACCUCCGGUUAAUUUACCCCCAGUAAAUCUGCCUUCAACUCCCCUUCCAAAAAUCGAAACGAAAAUUAACACCUUCCUCCAACAAACUGAACCGAAACCUGUGGAUCACAUUCCUGGCGUUGAGUUAAAAAUUCCAAAGACCACAAUUACCAAACUUGAGCCACAAGCAAAAGCGGAAAUUAAAAUACAAAAGGAAAUCCCAACCAAGGAGUCAGUGGCAGAAAAAUCGAAUAUAGACGACAAUCUUUGUUUGAGAGCCUAUCGAGAGGAGCAGGUGAAUUUCGAAAAGGAAUUAAAAACAAAACUCGAACCUCUAAUAUGGGAAGUUGGCACUAAAGUCGAGAAGGAACAAAUUAUUGACAAAACAAAUCUAAUCGACGAAUUUCUCCGCGAUUUACAAGAGACAACAACGAGUCUAGCCAGUGACAUUGCCUACCUACGAGGAUUUCUCAUACAAUCUUUCGCCUGGUUGGAAGAGACAAAUUCCAAAAAUUCCGACAAUGUGAAAUUAACCUCAAGAAAUCGGAGAGAAAAUUCCAAACUUGUCGAAUUACAAGAACUUCUCUAUUACACUCAAUCGCAAUUAGUUCAGGCUUCAAAAGUCAUUGAUUUACAAUGGUCCGAGCAGCAAUCGAGAGAACAGAAAAAAAUGAAAAUACCAAAUAUGGAGUGUAUCUAUCAAAGUUUAAUGCGACACGGACAAAUAGUUGCAAAGGAGAAAAGUAACAUCGAAAGUCUUACCAAAAAAUGGAAAUCAAUCGCACGCGGUAUCACCGUCUCCGAUCUCAAUCACUCCGUAUCGAAUCUUCACAUUACAAAUUCCUCCCACGAUUCUGUCAUUGAUCAAAGAUGCAAGACAAUCGCCAAUAUUAAUCAAAAUUUUAGUCGCGAGAAACAAAUGAAGUUACGUGAUUUUCUCUCCGAAUCGGCGCCGAGAAUUAUUAAACCCGCAAAACCGACGUUAAUUCAAGACAGGUUGGAAACAACUCUAAGUUCUUUGGCCUCGAUGAGUUCGACAAAAGUCUCGAAACCAAAAGCAGAGCAAAAAUUACCUCACAAUCCAAAGCCGAAGGUACAAAGUAGUCCCCUUGCAUCUCUAAAUAAUAUUGUGUCAAAAAUUGGCAUUGCGGGUGAAAAACAAGAAGUUGAGGUUCAAAAGAUUUCCCCGUGCCCACCGGUGAAAGCACAACCGGCAUUAGUUCCACAAAAACCGAAACAGACCCAGACCAUAAACAUUUCCUUCGCGCAGAAUCCGCAGAAUUUAGUGAAACCAUUCCCAAAAGUCGAGGCUAUUAGUUUCGGUCAAAAAAUCGAAUCACCAAAAGAAAUCAAAAGCGGAAGUGAAAAGGAGACCCUCGGGAAGAGUUCGGAAAUUUCUAAUCUUAAUUUCUCGGGGAAUAUUCUUCUGACACCGACUAUUCAAUCGACGUUUAGUUUACAAUCACCUCCCGCAUCGACAUCGGCGCAGAAUUUUUCCUUUGCAUCCUCAAAACCUGCAUUCUCAUUCGCUGCAAAGCCAGAAGAGAAGACGAAUAUCGAUCUCGGUGGUUUGAAUCUCUCACAAGCGGGACUCACGAUCACGCCAAUUCCAGAGGUUAAGAAUGGAAGUCCUAUUAAUUUUGGAAAGACGAAUAUGUUCGGAACAUCGGGAGCAAAUUCACCGAGUUCAACGAAUUUUGGAAAUAAUUUUGGAAGUACUUUUGGAACCAGUUCGGGCAGUACUUUCGGAAGUUUAAGUAUGAGUACGUUUGGAAAUGCAGCAGCAGCAGCAGCAGCGAGUACGACUGCGCCAGCGAUUGGAACCACUUUUGGAACUUCUUUCGCAACUUCAGGCGCGGGUACCUUCUCAACCCCUACGGCAAGCACUUUUGCAACUCCGAAUAUUUUCGGAACUGCGGGAACACCAACAACUGCCACGGUUACUACAGGAAGUAUUUUCGGCGCUACUUUCGCGAGCGGUGGAACUCAAUUUGGAAAAGGAGGAAGUAUCUUCGGUGGUAGUUCGAAUGUAUCAACUCCGAGUACUCCUAGUAAUUUGAGUUCGGUUACAGUAUCGAGUACUACAGCUCUGAAUAACCCUCAGAGUUCAACCCCAGUUUCUUCUCCUGUGAUUAGUUCAAUAAACUUAACUCCGACUCCGCUUUCGAGUCCGAAUUCCUCGUCGCAAUUUUCAUCGCAAAUUUCAUCGAAUGUCUCAUCGAAUGUCGCAUCGAAUGUUUCAUCGAAUGUUUCAUCGAAUAUCCCAUCGAACGCCUCAUCGAAUGUCCCAUCGAAUGUCCCAUCGAGUGUCUCGAGUUCGGUCAUAGUUUCCAAGUCGUCUUCCCUAGCGAGUCCAAUUCUCGCCUCGAGUUUGGCGUCACCUUGUGUCUCGACACCAACUUCGGUUGCUGUUUCAACUCCGCCACCGAAUUAUCCCUCGCCUUCCAACACCUUGGCUUCUUCAACAGCCUCGGGAAUGGAUAUGCUCUCCCUCUCACUAAACUCGACAAAAACAACUGCCCUCCCUUUUCAAGCACCAACGUCGACAAUAUUCUCCACACCUCCCUUUGGGGCGAAUUCAAAUUCAAGUGCAACGUCGACGUUGAAUUUCGGCAAAGCGAGUGUCAUCGCUUCUCCGAACGUCAUUGCACCUUUCGGUGGCGAACAGAUGUCAAAUCAAGGUUCGAUUUUCGGUGGUUCGACAGCAAACUCCACUGGCAGUGUGUUUGGAAAAACGAGUAUGGCGAGUGCGAAUCCAUUUGGUGGUAAUACACUGGCUCAGAGUCCGUCGAGUACAACGACGUCGGUGUUUGGAAACGCUGGUAAUACGGCGGGGAAUUCGAUAUUUGGCGGUGGUUCGACGACUGGUGCGGGAUUUGGAAUGAAAUCGACGACAACGGGGAAUGCGUCUGUUUUUGGAAUGUCGACGGUGCAACAACAACAGCCUUCGUCGGUGUUUGGCGGUGCGCAGGAAACGUCAUUGUUUGGUGGCGGAACUACUGCUGCUAAUCCUGUAGUUGCAAAACCGCAGGAGACGAAUUUUUCGAUGUUUGGUGGAGCGGCGGCAACUGGUGGAGCGUCUGUGUUUGGACAAGCUCCUGCUUUUGGAGCUAAACCAGCGUUUGGAGCGAGUCCCGAUUUUGGACAGGCGAAAUCUGUCUUUGGAAGUGGAUUUGGUGCUGCUCCAUCCUUUGGAGGUGCUCCUUCGUCUCCGGGUUUCGGAAGUCCACCGAUGAUGGGAGGAAGUCCACCACCUUUAGGCGGAAAUCAGAUGCAAAAAGUAUUUGGUGGAGCGACUGGUAGUAAUACAUUUGAAUCUCUAGCUACUCAAAGUGGAGGUCUGUCUUUCAGUAGUUUGGCUCAAGGUUCACCGGUACAGCAACAGCAACAACAGCAACAUCAACAGCAACAACAACAGCAGCAACAAAAACCGCCAGAAUUUGCAGCGAAAAGUUCAUUUUCGAGUUGGCGUUAAUGGAGCAACAACAAAACAAGAACAAUUAGUAUUAAAUAAAUAUUAAGAAUCUGAGACUCGGCUUUAUAAAGCUGACAUUGAAUAUCGUUUUCGCUACGUUUUAAAAUUCGAAAUAAAACGAAGAGUCUAUUUUA